CCUCUGGAUUGAGCAGAAAACCUCGGAGUCCUGCUCGCUCUCGCGCAGCUGCGUCUGAUUGGGGCUCGUGCUGCUGCUCAGCUUCGAGCUCGUGCGACGGGAGUCCGGCUUCUCUCUGGACAUUCAAACAGACAGAACCCGAGGCAUGAGUGGCUGUUAAAUUUGUAUGUUUGGACCACAUCACUGCCCCAGAACCCGGAGCUGCUGUCCUCUUUACCUUUAGCUUGUCUCUUGUCCCUUGAGGUCCUCUCCACCUCCUCCCAGACACGUCAUGUCCGCAGCGGUGGAGAACAGCGUCCCAGCAUCUGCUGACCCCGCAGCUCCACCUCCAGCCUCCACCUCCAGCACACCGCCCAGCUCCCCAGCGGCAGCCAAGACCCCGUUCAAGAAGGAGAAGAAAAGGGUAGCAGACAAGACCGAUGACUACCUGCUGGGCCGGUUUCAGGGGGAUGGUGUGAGGUACAAGGCCAAACUUAUUGGCAUCGACGAUGUUCCCGAGGCCCGUGGGGACAAGAUGUGCCAGGACUCCAUGAUGAAACUGAAGGGUAUGGCAGUAGCUGCUCGGACCCAAGGCAAGCACAAACAACGAAUCUGGGUCAACAUUUCUAUGUCUGGUAUAAAGAUUGUUGAUGAGCGAUCAGGAGUGAUCGAACAUGAACAUGAGGUGAACAAGAUCUCCUUCAUUGCCAGAGACGUAACGGACAACCGAGCGUUUGGAUACGUGUGCGGAGCAGAAGGACAGCAUCAGUUUUUUGCCAUUAAGACUGCACAACAGGCAGAGCCCCUGGUCAUUGAUCUGAAAGACCUUUUCCAAGUCAUCUUCAACAUGAGGAAGAAGGACGCAGAGGCUGCUCAGAAGGGUGAAAACGGCGCAGUGGUUGAGAAUGGAAAUUCCUCGCUAAGCACAAAUGAAGGAAAUGGUGUCCAACCAGUGGAGCAGCUCAACCUUUUUGGAGACAUUACAACUCCUCCAGACAUCCAGGCUCCAACUGAAUCUAAUGACGUUCUUUUGCUGGACUUCUCUGCUGAAGUUGACAGCAAUCAAAACGUCAUAAAGGAUAACUUCUUUCUAACUUCCUGUGCUCCUGACUCUAAGGGGCUGUCCCACAAAGAAACCUCCUUGUCCUCGACUUUUGGGUACUUCCCGUCCCUGGACAGUGACCCGUUUAAAGACGACCCUCUUUCUAAGCCUAGUUUUGUAUCAGAUACGACACCCCCCUCCCUCAGCACCAAUAAGACUGUUACUGGAGAUGCGGAGCAUCCUGGUCAGCAGAUAACUGGGCUAUCAAGUCAAUCCAUGAUCCUCGCUCUCAGUAAUGGUCAGUGGCCACUAGGGGGCAGUAUAACUCAAGGCACUGCAAUAAGCAUGAUGGAUGGGAAUGAGAGUCAGCCGACACUCUCUACCAGAAAUCCUUUUUUUGAUUUCUCUUCAACCUGCCCCAUCUCUAAUGACACAACACAUCCAGAACCACCAACAACUCAAAGCACGGACUCUGUUGUCAUAAGUCCGCCUCCACAGUCUGGACGUGGUCGAAGGAGUGCAAAGUCUGCGUCCAGUGACCUGUUUGGAGCCGAACUGUUUACCACUCCUGACGUGUCCACUGCUCCAGCUGAUCUGUUCAACAACACAUCUGUGAGCUCUGCUCCUUCCACUGUAGCUGCUCUGGGAAAUCUUCAGAUGCCUCCACCAGCUGCCACUGGUGUCCCUGCUUUUGGCAUGUGGGGUGUCUCCAUCGCUGCACCCACCAUGUUCCCCAUGCCAGGAGGUCCAGCUCCGGGACCCUUCCUGCAGCCACCUGCGUUUGGUGUUCAGAUGCAGCCCCCGGCCUGGGGCCCACAGAUGUCCCCACAGUUUGCCUCAGCUCCUCCCCUCUCUCCACCUCACCUCUCAUGGGGUCAGCCCGUUGCUAACAAUCCUUUUCAACCCGGUCCGUCCCGCCCCCCUCCAAGGCCACCUGCGGAGGCCCCUCCAAAAGUGGAGAAUAGUGCCUUCACAGCUUUGGAUCCUCUCGGAGGAAAAGAGAAGAAAAGUGGGAAGGACAUGUUCAAAAACUUCCAGAUUGUCAAACCUCCUGCUAUCCCAGCCAGGAAAGGAGAGCUGCCUCCCGGCUCUGCUCCGCCCACCAACCAGGAGUCUGGUGCCUUCGAUCAGUACUUCUCCAAUAAAGUGGGCCUGGCUCAGGAUGCUGCAGAUCACGACGACUUUGAUAUCAAUCAGAUGUCGUCACUUGCAGUUAAUGAUGCCCCUAAACCGUCUCCAGCACCGGUUCCUGCCCCAGCUCAAAGUUUUACACCCGACCUUCUAAACGCUGCUUUCUCUCCUGCUCCCAGCACCACCAGUCCAGCACCGACGCAGGGGCCGGACAUGUUUGAUCAAGCGUUCGGAGCCCCAGAUUCGAAUCCUUUCGGAGCUCCGCCUGUAGCCACACAAAGUAGCUCUGUUGCUCAGACUUUUGGAUCAGCAAAUGCUUUUGGAAAUCCCUUUGCUUGACCACAAGUUUGUUCAGAAUGAAAAAGGAUUAAAGAUCUCCAUUUAAACACACCUUUGGGACAAGCUGCUCCGUGCAAGACGACCCAGAUGAACUCUUCUUACUCUUGUCCUGAAACCUUUUUACACCUUUUGGUUUUGAUACUUGUUUGACAACAAAUGAUCCACAAUGUAAAUGAUGUCACCAUCUGCUUGAAUGUGCUUUAUGAAAAAGUUCACUGCUAAUGCUGUCUUUGUUAAAGAAAUAAAUCAGUAAUAAUGCAUUAAAGUGGAUCAAUUACUUCACACAGUUUAGGAAGUUAACCUUGAAUGAUGACUUUAUAAUUAAAAAAGACACCCAUAUUUCAUGAAACUAUUAUUCACCCUGCAGAUUAAACAAUAAAACAUCUUUGAGAAACUGG